AUGGAAGCUUUCAGCUUACAUACUACAAUCAUCAACAAUCCCUAUGAUGACGAAUAUAGCGCUGGAUCACCCGAGCGUCUCAUUUCUUUACAAAGCUUUAUUACAGUGGAUAAAUGGCCGAAACCACGCUGUUUUGAAUUAUCGCGCUUCUUAGUGACACAGUCCGAUGUCAUAUCGUUCCUUUGUGCAUUACCAAAAUCCAUCCGGUUUAUCAAGCUGAGCAUGCUGAAGUUCCUCGAUGAAGGUGGAGAUUGGCAUGGUUUGCUUAAAGAGAUGCGCACAAUGAUACGCGAAAAUACACUAUGGGCGGUCAGAGAUGGGCGCUCGCAACCAGCUAUUUCGAUUGGGCUGAAGCUGCAGAAUCCACAGAUUGGCCGUGCAGUUUGGCUUGAAAAGCAGGUGCAAGAAUAUCUCUAUGGAGAGGGACAAAAUCCAUUCUUUGAACGAACGCCGCUGGACAUUCCAUGGAGAAUUGGAACCCAAAGGGAUGCAUUUGAGCCUUCUUUCGAACGACCUAAUGUUCCUGGGGGAGAAUUCGAAAAUAUGGGGAUUUACGAUAAGAACUGGGAGUACAAUGCCUCGGAUCCGCAAUAUUGA